AUGCCUCCGUUUGGUCCGAAUGAUUUAUACGGCCAAAAAGCCGCGGGCCUCGGUAAUGGCCCGGGCAUAAGUGGCCGCAAUUUGCAACGCAGCAGCCGCGGGCCUGCACGCACGCGACUGCCGCGACAGUUGGCAGACGGGACUUUAUACGCGCGUCGACGCGAGUGUCGACCCUCUGCCAAGUGGUUGCCUCUCACAAAGCGAGCGGACCGCACCGCUUCGAACCCAGGCAUUAUCCGCACGCAUCUGCUCCACUCACAAUGCCGCCGGCCCAUUGUGGCGCAUCCAGACACGCAACACGCGCCCGAGGAGGAACAGCGAGCGGCCGAGGGUAGUGGGCGUGCCGUGCACAAAGCCGGGCACAACUGUUAUGACACGCGCGGUUCGUUAGGCGCCUUCGAAAAUAAACAACCGACAGUCGGU